GGGAAGCCUGAUUGGGCGAAUUAGCGGAAAGGGCCUGCUGCUCGUGCUCUCCAAGAACAUGCAAAUGAGAAGGGGGGAGCCAUUCGGCUCCCCAUUUUUUCGUUUGGUCCGCCCCGAGCAAGAGAAAGAGCGAGAGAAAGGGGAGAGGCGGAGCUCGUUCGUGGAGCCAUUUUCGGCUCUCCCGUGCGGUUCGUCCGUCCCAGGCGAGUGCGGGAGAGAGGGAAGGGGGGGUGGGGGGAUUCCUCCCCCCUUUGCUUGCUGUCUUCGGGAGAAAGAGAGGGAGGAGCGGCCCUAGCAAGGUUGGCCAACCCACCCUACUGCCUUCUCUCGUGGUUUGGUGCGAUCCUUCAAGCUGCCGGCGUUAUUCAGGUGCCAAGCCCCCAAAGUCAGUCGUUUACUUCAAUUUGUCGUUGAUAUCCUCUUCCUAUCUUAAAAUCUGGGACAAAGAACUGCUAUAGUUCUUUUCUUUUGCCCUUAGGAUGAGGUGGAAGGCUUCUCCUUCCUUCCAAAUCAAUUCCGGCGACCUCGAAGCAACAAGGAGGUUGUUGGAAGCCUCCAAACAGCACUUGGGAGAUUUUGGAGCGCUUUGGACAACAAAUCCACCAUCUGGAAGGUUUGGACAGCAACAAUGCAGCCUCCGAAGGCUUCCAAACAGUAAAAACUGCUGUUUAGAGCAUUUGGACAGCAAACGACGACCUCCGGGAGCACUCAAAUAGUGAAAACUGCUGUUUGGAGCAUUCUUGGGCAGCAAACUGCUGUUCGGAGCAGUUUGGACAGCAAAUCCACCCUCCGGAAAGGCUUGGACAGCAACGACGACAUUGGGAACAUCAACGACAGCAACUAGGAGCACGGAUUGGAGCUUGGACAGCGAUCCGGAGCUUGAAUCAGAGCUUGGACAGUGCUUGGAGCUUGGAUUGGAGCGCUAGGGCAACCCGGGUGAGGCACAUGUUUACUCCAAUGUUCCAGUAAAAAUGAAUGAAAGACUUCCAAAAAACUUGAGCGUUUGCUCGGCAUUUCUUGCAAACAUUGAUGAGGACAAGUCAGUUGCAGUAAAACUUUUUGGCAAUGACUACACUUUACCCCCCUGGUCAGUCAUCGUAUUAGCAGAUUGCAAGAAUCUAGCAUUUAACACCGCUCAGGUAGGGUCCCAGAUUUCCAUUAAAUCCUCCAGUCCUCUAUUAUCUAGUUAUUCAAACACAACAUCACCUGGGAACCUUCUGCUUUCUGCUAAAGAUUUUAGUGUCUCAAGUACCUGGAUGGCUUUCAGUGAGCCAAUAGGCAUAUGGAAUUCCAACAGCUUCACAACACAACAAAUUCUAGAGCAUCUUAAUGUAACAAAAGAUGCUUCUGAUUACUUAUGGUAUAUUACCAGAAUCAAUGUUUCGGAUGAGAACAUCGCAUACUGGAAGGAAAAAGACAGUCACCCAGCACUGACAAUACAUAGCAUUCGAGAUGUAGCCCGAAUUUUUCUAAACGGCCAGCUUAUUGGUGGUACAUAUGGGAACUGGGUUAAGCUGGAGCAAACCCUUCAACUGGUUCAGGGAUACAAUGAAUUGGCAUUAUUGUCUGAGACUGUCGGCUUGAAGAACUAUGGCGCUUUCAUAGAAAAGGAUGGAGCCGGAUUCAGGGGUCCAAUAAUGCUGACUGGGUUUAAAGAUGGGGAAAUUGACCUAUCUAGUUUUCCCUGGACUUACCAGCAUCUCGCCGUCAAUCGUUAUAUCCUACCACGCCCUUCCAGGCGUGAUUGGGUACAUGCAUAGCAAAAUUGUGUUAGCUAAAAGCACUCACGUAAUACUCACCAUUGUCGAAAUUCAACACUACGCCCAAAUGGACGGCAAGUGCCUCACCUCGCAGUGACGUGUAUGUCACUUAUGAGUCUACCCUUUCCACCACAAACAUGGCUGACAAGCUUCUUCCCACCACGCCCAAAAGGUAUGGCAUGUGAGUACUCACCACGAUGAAUGCAUGGAAAGCAUGAUCCACUCGCAAUGUUGUGAAUGCCAUCUAUGAGGCUGUUCCUGAUGUGCUCGAAGGGGUGUGCCUGGUAGUUCUCUCACUGCGUCGAUCGUAUCACUAAGUGUUUUAGAGAUUUUAAGGCUUAGCAUUGUUAUACCUGUGUCCGUAGAAUUGGCGAGCUGGCAGUGAAGUGAUUAAAUUUGCAAGAAAGUGAAUAUGUUGUUAUGCACAUAUAUUUUUUUUAUGAAAAUAACUUGUUGAAUUUUUUUUUU